AUGACGUUAACCCUCAGGGCUCGCGAAAACGACCCUCAACAUGCCAACCUCCCCGUCUAUUCUGGACCCAGCCGUCCAACGAAGGCACGAAACAUCGUCGCAGGAUUGACUGAAUUGCCAGCCGAGCGCCAUAUUCAGUAUAUUGAUCCUAACGUGGCUGCCAGCUUUCCCGAGGGGUCGAGGGUGAAGGGUAUCUUCCCGCAUGGAUCCGCUUAUUGGACGAGGACAGCGGCCAUUCAGACUGUGCAGACCGAUGGCAGCACUCUGGAUUUCUUUCUCAAGAUCACCAAAACCGAUGCCGGCAAGAUCAACCUCCACGGCGAAUAUGAGUCGAUAUCUGCCAUUGCGCGGGCAACUCCAGACCUAGUCCCUGAACCAGUCGCGGUGGGAACGUAUGCAACCGAUAGCGAUGUCCACUUCUAUCUUGCUCGGUUCGUCGACAUGACCGACGACAUUCCCGAUGCAGAGUCGUUGCCUGCCAAGGUCGCAGAAAUGCACCUGAAGGGGGUUUCACCAAACGGCAAAUAUGGAUUCCCAGUGCCCACCAAUAUGGGUGCUUGCACACAGCAAAAUGAAUGGACGAGCUCCUGGGAGAAGUCAUUCACCACACUGAUGAGCACCAUGUUUGACUUUGAGCAAGAGAUGCAUGGUUGUAAUGAGGACAUGCAGCAAAUGCAAGAGGUCAUUCUGGACAAAGUGAUUCCUAGGCUCUUGCGACCCUUGGAAACAGGGGGCCGAGAGAUCCAACCCAGGAUAGUGCAUGGAGACAUGUGGGACGGCAAUACGUCUGUUGACGCGGUAACGGACAAGCCAGUCAUCUUCGACGCCAGCGGCAUGUAUGCCCACAAUGAGUAUGAGCUUGGGGCGUGGAAUCAGCCGCGGCAUAAAAUCUACCGCGCCUAUAUCAGAGAAUAUCGGAAACACUUUGCGACUUCCGCUCCACAGGAGGAUUUCGAAGAUCGCUUGAUCCUUUAUCGACUCCGUUUCAACUUGACUUCAUCGGCUUGCUAUCUGAACAAUAUGCGCUUCAGAGACCUGUAA